GUUUUAAUGUUUCGGUGUUUUUUUGAUUGACCAACGCAUUCGAGUCAUGCUUCCCAGACAGAUUGCUUUUCCAACAUUACUUGGUCUCCUAAUUCUGUCCACCUACCUGUAUAGCUAUAUUUUCAAAGAGAGUAAAUACAUUGUGAUAUUUGAUGGAAAACAUGUAAAUUUUACUGGAAUCGAAGAUUUCAUUCCACCAUUUGUCAACAUUGUGUCAGACUUUUUUGUAGCCUCCAACUACAAAUUAAUGUCAUGCGGAAUACGAAAAUCCAUGUCUCAACUCACAGUAAAUACAAUGUGUCUGUUGAAUGAUGAGAGCAAUUUUAUGAAAGGAAAUCAUCAUUUGAAUGAGACGUGGCUCUCAAACAGAUCGUGUGGAAACAACCCGAAAUUCCGAAUUCCAUCUUUAUUGUUGCUCAAUGACACGGAUACCGUUCGUUUUGCUUUUAUCAGAGACCCAAUUGAACGAUUCGUGUCAUUAUAUCUGGAUAAAUGCUUAAAAGAGAAUGCUUGCUGGAAUUGUGGUGAAGAUAUGCGAUGCGUGGUGAAGGAAAUUUACAAUGGACUGAAAAAGGUUCAGAACCAUAAAGAAUGGCAACCAAUUCCAACUUAUAUGGAUACUCACGCAGCGCCUUUAUCAUGGAAUUGCAAUUUUGACAAGGAUCUAGCAAAGUGGCAUUUGUUGAUGAUGGGAGCAGAUGUGGAAGAAAGGAAAUCGUCAAUUUUUCAUUUGGCAAAUAUUUUUAAAAGACAAGGAGUAUCACACGCAGUUGUUGAAAAAGUGAAGGAGGAAACUAUGGCCGGGGAAACUGCUCACUCCACGCACAAAUCAUCCAAAAGAGUCGAGGCAGAGCGACAAGUUCGAGAGGAUCCUGUUGUCAGAGACUAUCUUCAUAAAAUCUACUUUUUCGACUAUUUAGUAUUUCAGUUUAAUCGAAACCCCCUCGACGCAAAAUAUCAAACUGAUUUUUGGAAGAUGACUGAUUUUUAAGAGUUGUACAUAUUUAUGUGGUUAUUGUAGAACGGGUAUUUUACAUAGACAGCUUUUCUAUAUUAUUUUUAUGAUUCUUGGUUAAUAAAAAAUAAUUUUU